AUGUUCAUGCUGCAGAUGUUGACUGUUAUCUCUCUGACUGUUAUUCUUCUGGCAUCUGUAGAAGGUAAAGGUGUGCAGAUGCAAAGGGAUGUCCAGUGCUGCAUGUUGUACUCCCAGGGCAAGGUGCGUACCAAGGAUGUGUUGCGGUUUGAGGUGCAGACGGAGGGGCCCGACUGCAGUAUACAAGCCAUCAUUCUUUACACCAAAAAGGCAGUAAAAUGUGCAGACCCCAGAGACCGGAAGGUGAAGAGGUUGCUGAGAAAGCUCCUGCAGAGACAGAGAACCAAGGCCCACCGAACCAUGUGGCUCCUUCCUCAUGACAACCUGCCUGUCAUGUCAGAGGACAAGAAAGAUAACUGGGCUGUUCUCAAUGUAGAGUGA